UCAGGCAAUCCUGCAAGAAAUUGUUCUUCCCACAAAUGGAGAAGGAGAGCAAAUACAGAAUGGGAAUUUGGGUUUAGGUGGAUCUUGCUUGUUUGUUUGCCUUGUAUUUUUGCUGAGGAUACUCCCCAUCCUAAGUUUUCUUCCCUGGUAUCAAAAAAUGGAGACAGAGGCAGCAUGCAGUGCUCCCCAGGAUAGGCUGAUGGGCAGAUCCUGCAGGCUUUGCUCCGUUUCCAUGCAGUCUUUCCUUCACUUACAGUUUCAGGCUUUGGCCAGGGAUGGUUGCAAACAUGCAGUGUUUGUCAGGGGGCUGACUCUUAGAUCCACAGAGCACAGUGAAACAUAUUUGAAUACUCUGUCUUAAAGUUUGGGCAGUAUUUACAAGUUGCUUACUUUCCACUUCUUUUCAUUCAUUGUUUCUCGUGAUUUGACAGCAUUCCAGACCCAAGAUUGAUUCGAUUAUAUCGUACAGUUUUCUAUCAGACACAAAAAUGACCUCUUCCUGUGCAGCUGUGUGAUAGCAGAGCUCAAACAGGAAUAAAAUCUCCGAAUGAGAGUAAGAGGAGUUCAAAGGCACAUCACAGAUUAGGCACUCGCUGCCUGGCUGCAGUUGCAGCAGUGCCAGGGCUGAAGGCAUGGCUCCUGGGGCAGCCCAGUGAGCAGAGCAGAGGGGAUGGUGACCCUGCAGCGUGUGCUCUGAGCAGGAGGAGCAGCUGAGGUGCCCUCAGGCUCUCCUCUUCCUCUUAGUGGGGUUGCUGGGGUUUAGAGGCCACUGUCACACAGUGUACUGUUUUAAUGAUAAGUCAUUAGUUAUGUAUUCAGAGUAACGACUUCUUUCUACGUGCUGCCAAACAAAUUGAGUUAAACUGGGAAAAUGAUGCCUGGUGUGCUGUCUCUAAGUGAAGUGCUUGGCUGUUACAUAAUGGUUUUAAUGACUUUCUUCAUCCGUCUGCUUAGGAACACCGUGCGUCUGGCAAAAAUUUGAGAAGGCUCAAGGCGUUAAAGAAAGCUCAUCUAAAUAAAGGCGGGUUAAAGUGACAUUGCAGUUACUUAAUCCUGUAUUGUCCUGCCAUGUGACUUCAGUGAUACUGAGGCGCUGCGUUUCUUUUGGCUGGUGCACAGAUUAUGCUUUUCCUGUCAUCUUCCAGGAUCCGUUGCUUUGUUAAAGCAGCAAUGGGAAGGAAACAGAGGGGCAACAGACUAUUUACAGCAAGGAUUCGAGGAGGUCACUUCCAAGGCACAGUGACAAGCUCCCAGGCUGAGGAAUGAAUCAGAGAAAAACCCUGUGUUCAGCUUUUGGACUGGUACCAGAAUCAGGAGCCACGUUCUUAAGGUCAGCUACUCAAAAUGAACUGGAAGUAUCUGAAUUUAUACAGAGUAGGCUACUUGUCUGAAUUUUUUCUAUCAAGUUAGUUUUCAAAGCAGCUAGCUAGAGCCUGACAAUUUGUGUCAAAUAUUCUGCACUUGUUUCAAAUGUACUACAUAGAAUGCGAGCAACGCACUCUUUUUCUGCAUAAAGCUUGCUGCUUGAACUGCAGAGCCUCUUUUACCUUGCAGAUGAGCAUCUUGACACACUAAAUCUGUCAGUGAGAAAUGGACAAAAAUAGAAUCAAAUUCCAUCUCCAAAUUUGGACAGAACUGCAAUGUGUAAAUACAACUUUUGAGGUGAAUUCCAAACUGGUAUUUGGACUUCUUCAGUAAGCUGUUUUGUUGCUGUUUGCACGGUGUCUGUUACGUGCAGGAUUGCAUAUUAGCAGAGGAAUACUUCACUUCCUUAAACUCCUUGUUGGGACAUUUUGUUCAAUGGAGAAGUGAUUACCUACAGACUAUGACAACAGGAUUUGUGAAUGGAGGAGGUCUUGGAAAGCACCGCUAUGCCAGGUGGAAUCGUGAGGACAGUGGAGAAGACUAUGGGCGUGAGGAGUGCUGUGGAGGAGAUGAAGAGGGCAGGCAGCAGAGGCUGACUCCAUUUGAGAAACUAAUGCAGGAUAUGUCCCACAAUGAAAAAGUGGUGAAAGAAUUAACCCUGGGAAAGAGAAUUGGCUUCUAUCGAGUCAGAGGAGAAAUAGGAAGUGGGAAUUUCUCGCAAGUGAAACUUGGAAUUCAUUCUCUUACCAGAGAGAAAGUAGCUAUUAAGAUUUUGGACAAGACAAAACUAGACCAGAAGACUCAACGUUUGCUAUCUCGUGAGAUAUCAAGCAUGGAAAAACUCCACCACCCAAAUAUCAUCAGGCUGUAUGAAGUGGUGGAGACACUCUCAAAACUGCACCUGGUAAUGGAGUAUGCAGGAGGAGGGGAACUCUUCACUAAAAUCACUACAGAAGGAAAGCUAAUAGAAACAGAGUGCAAAAUAAUCUUCUCCCAGAUUGUUUCUGCUGUGAAGCACAUGCAUGAGAAUAAUAUCAUUCAUCGGGAUUUGAAAGCAGAAAAUGUUUUCUACACCAGUAACACCUGCGUUAAGGUGGGAGACUUCGGAUUCAGCACAAUCAGUAAAAGAGAUGAAACUUUAAAUACUUUCUGUGGGUCUCCUCCUUAUGCUGCCCCUGAACUCUUCCGAGAUGAAAACUAUGUUGGCAUUUAUGUAGAUAUCUGGGCACUAGGAAUAUUGUUAUACUUCAUGAUAACGGGGAUCAUGCCAUUUCGGGCAGACACGGUGGCCAAACUGAAAAAGUGCAUUCUCGAAGGAACGUACAGUUUGCCUCCCUGCCUCUCAGAAGCUUGCCAGAAACUGAUAAAAGGAGUCCUUCAGCCAGUACCAACAGAACGAUAUUCUGUCAAACUUAUUAUGAACAGUGAGUGGAUGCAGGGGAUACAGUACCCAAAACCUUUACAGCCAUUUAAACUGGAUCCUAAGUAUUUAUCAGAGAUCAAUACACUCAAAGAGGAGGAAAUGGAAGUGAAAAAUGCUCUGAAAGAUCUGGGAAUCACAGAAGAACACAUUCAAAAUAACCGGGGAAGAGAUGCACGCAGCUCAAUAACAGGUGUCUACAGAAUUGUUUUACACAAAGUACAAAGGAAAAGGGCCCUUGAAUGUGUCCCUAUAAUGUCCCAUCCAGAUCCCAAGGAACAAGACAUAAAGAAAGGAAUCAGCUCUUGUAAUGGUAUAAGGCACACAUCCAAGCUGUGUUCUAUUUUGUAAACCACACUGCAGGCUUUAUA